AUGGCGCAUCUCUGGGCCGCCUGUGCCAGCAUCUCACCACCCUCACUCCCGGGGCGGCCGCUCCGCCGCUGCCGGGACCCCGGGCCCCGCCGCUCCUCCGCCGCCAGCCCCGCCGCCUUGGGAGCCCGAGGCCCCGCUGCCUUUGGCCCCGUUCCCCUCGGCCCCGCUGCCCUCGGCCCUGCUGCCCUCAGCCCCGCUGCCCUCGGCCCCGCUCCCCUCAGCCACGCUCCCCUCGGCCCCGCUGUCCCUCGGUCCCGCUUCCCUCAGCCACGCUCCCCUCAGCCCCGCUCCCCUCAGCCACGCUCCCCUCGGCCCCGCUGUCCCUCGGUCCCGCUUCCCUCAGUCCCGCUGCCCUCCCCUCCGUUCCCCUCGGCCCCGCUGCCCUCGGCCCCGUUCCCCUCGGCGCCGCUGCCCUCCCCUCCGUUCCCCUCGCCCGCGCUGCCCUCGGCCCGCAGCGCCCAGGGUGUCCGGGCGCGCCCGGCGGGAGCGGCGCUGCCCGGGAGCAUCGCCGGGACCGCGCCGAGUGCCCGCUGCUCCUGCCUCCGGAGCGAGCCCGAGCUCCCCGCAAUCGUGGCAGGGGCCGCGAUCUGCCAGCCCCACCGCCGGGGAAACACACGGGGGGCUCUGCCCAAGGAGCCGCAGCCGGGAUCCCUGGUUUCCCGGCGUUUCCCAUCGGGAGCGCAGGCGGCGGCACGUGCCGGAGCUCCAUCAGGGCUGCGCGCAGGGCAAGGCUGCAGACCCCAGAACAGUUUUGUGAUAGCACCCAGGCGCUUCACUCCAGCCACGCUCAACGGGAGUCCGACACUCAAACAACCACGGGGAUCGGGGUGUUAG